UUUUUGUCAAGUAUUAAAGGAUUGAAUCCUUUAUCACCUCUCAGCAAAUUGGGAUUUAGGGUUGAAUAACAUGGCGGCGGAGGAGGGCGGCGUCUGUAAGCGAGCUCACACCGAGUUCGACGACGGCGAAAUCAUUGCAGAGAUUCUGGCGAGGCUACCGGUCAAAUGUGUGAUGCGAUUCCGGUGCGUAUCCAAGUGGUGGAAUUCUCUGAUCUCCGAUCCUUACUUCACUAAGAAGCACUUGAGGUACGCAGAGAUGGGCAUCACCGAGAACAGCUCCAGGCUCCUUUAUUCGAUGGACCCUCCGCAAUCCCUAGACCACGAAGCAUUGAAGGAUUUGAAGGAUCAUAGUGAUGUUUAUUUUGCCAACAGAGAGCUUGGUCUUCCGGUAAUGUUGGCGGGCUACGCCAAUUGCUAUAAAAUUAUUGUUGGUAGUUGCAAUGGGUUAAUAUGUAUUUUUGUUGAAGGAGUCGACUUUAUCUUAUGGAAUCCAUGUACUGGAUACUCCAAGUUGUUACCAAGAACUCCAUUGCCCGUUUUUAAUCCACGUGGUUGUUGCAAUAGUGGGUUUGGUUAUGAUUCUGCUAAUGAUGAUUACAAGGUAUUAGUGGGGACUAAAGAGAUGGGUGAAGAAAAUUCCAUUCAGGUUUUCACUCUGAAAACGAGUUCAUGGAAGGUGCUCCCCAUUACCAAUGCUCUUAACAUCUCAGGUCGGGGGUUGUUUUUUAAUGGAGCUUUGCACUGGUUGAAUCGCCAAACAAUUUUGUCUUUUAAUUUGGUGGAGGACAAGUUUCAUCAGAUGAUUCCAUUACCCUAUGAUGAUGAUGAUGAUGCUUACUUUCGAGGUAUGAUGAUCCAUGGAAAUUGUCUUUGUGUGUCUCAUGUUGGCCGGGAUGGUCUUAACGCAAUAUGGUUGAUGAAGGAGUAUGGGGUCAAGCAAUCUUGGACUCAAGUUAUAAAGUUUCCUACAGCGUACUUCCAAGCCUGCUUGUGGCCUAUUUGUAUUCUAGAGAGCGGAGAACUUUUGGUUAACAUUGGGCGUACAGGUUUCUUGGUGUUAUAUGAUCCAAAAGAAAACACAUUCAAGAAUGUUACCAAGAUUCAUGAAUUGAAUUGUGGAGCUUUAGUUUACAGAGGGACUUUAGUUUCACCAGCAACCGGCAGUGUUAUAGACAUCUGAAGUCGCCGUUGUGAGAGAUCAAGAAGCCAAGCAACCCAGUAUGAGGUCAAGGUGGGAGUCUGGAUGUAGAGGCAUGCGUUUCCUUCGCUUGAAAACAAAUUCAAAGAUCCUAGCAGAUUGACUAGCUGAGCUGUCAUUCCUCAAGUAGCUGAAGUUCUCAGAGCUAUGUGUCCUUAUCAUAUGUAUAAACUUUGUGUUUUUGUAAUAAACAAUAAUUUGGGUGUUUAAGUAGAGCUUUUGUGUUUGAUUUCUCAACCCAGAACCUGAUCUAAUGCAGUACUUUUUGACUUCCGGAAGAGGAAUGUUUGAUGCA